GCAGCUUUCAGCGACCUUGCUAUCUUAACUGUAAUAUGUUGCCCGUGUGAACUGCUUAUGGAAGUGUUUACACUUGCCUGUUAAGCGCUUUUGUGUAUAUUAUUUACUUUGUCUCUUGUUAAUGUUGCUCUGGAAAGGAAACACAACUGACAAGAUUUCAGACAAGCUAAGACUCAAUAGACACACCUUUUGUUCAACCGACCUUAAUACGUCUAACAGACGCCUUUUGUUAUGGAUCUCUGUUUAGUGUUUUGGGAAUAACGAAAGGUCGAAGGUUGUUUUUGCCAACUGUCUCUUGUUAGAGCACUACGGGGAAGCUAUGGGGAAGCUAAAUGCGGGGUUUAUACCAACUUGAAUGAUUGACUGGACCUCACCAUGCCGAGCCAAGCAGGCUCCCUGCCGCUGGCAGCGACUCUGCUGGCGGCGCUGUGGCUCGCCUUGGGUCGGUGCAGUGCUUCCGAGUCUCUGGGACGAGGAUGUGACAACGGAAAGCUGUAUUUGGACAGAGACCUGCCUACAGAUGCUGUUUAUUGGGGGUGUUCAGUCCGUUCCCGGCCAGAGUCUACUCAGAGACUUCCAAGUAUUGACACCGUGUGUGACCCCGAGCCAGCAAGGCAAAUAUGCAUGGAUUACCUGAUCUCCUACAACCACUCCAUUCCCAACAGUGGGGCAUUCAGGCCAGUAAUGGCAGAGAGUGGAGAGUACUUGUAUUGUCCUCCUCAGCGGUGGCUAAAUAAUUUGCAUCAUGGUGCCACUGUUUUGCUCUACCAUCCCUGUGUGGAGCUCGGUGAGCGUCGCCUCCUUUCUGUAUUGGCUCGCUCCUGUCUGCCAGGUUACAUCAUCACUCCACACCCACAACUCAGCAGAGACAUGCCAAUAGCCUUGGUUUCCUGGGGUCGCACGUUGGAGCUGACCACCGUGGCCUCUUCAGAGGUCUGUGAUUGGCUGCAGGCAACACAAGCCACCAGAGGUAAAGUUGACAAGAGAACUCAAACCAGGAAGUACAACCUCCUGUUGACCAGGUCAGCAGGCCUGCAGCAUUUGGGGCCAUCAGCAGAAAAUAAGGUUUCUGUGAGGCAAUGCUGUGAGCAGACCAUUUCUUCUUUGCUGAGAGGAAUCAUUGGGGCAGCACCUGGUAUAAAGAAGGAUUCCUUAAGACAAAUUAAAGAGGGAAGGAAAAAUAGGGAAAUUCGAGCUACAAUUGCAGAGAAGAAAGCUGAUAAAAUGACAAAUGACUCCAGUCAGAUCAACAAAAAAAUUCCCCUAAGAACAGUCGAUGUCCAGAAUCACAGCAGCUCGCUUGGACCAGAAUCAGACUCACAUCCAGGACAAACGCGUCCCCUGGAUCCUUCUUUCCAGACUUCUGAGUCCGAGACCCUGAAGCAACAUCAGACUUUUACAUCAUCGCUCACCCCUCAUCUGGUGUUACACAACUCUGGGAGUCUGCUUCAGACCGAUCCAUCUCAACAUGAAGGUACAGACCCUGUCAGAGACGGCAUAAAGGAGAGAAACACUGGUGAGAGCCUCAUGGUACAGGGCAGGACGAAGGAUGAAGAAGUGGUUGAUGUCAAAGAAAGGGAGGCCGAGCAUAAUCAACAGCCCACCGUCAAGCCCCUUCCCACAAAGUCCAGUUCAGCUUUGAAGUCCCAGUCGGAGCAUCGGCAGCAGAAAUCCCAGUUGGAAACCAAGCAAUCAAACAACAACGAGUGUUCUGACUGCAAAGCAGGCGAACACUGCGACUGCACUAAACCGUCCGCAGCGGCGAGCCGGGGCACCGUGGUGAACGUCAGACUGCAGAGGACCCCCAGGACGGAUGAAGCAGUCUGGGCCGCAGCGGCGCUGGGCUUCCUGCUGGUUCUUCUCACGUUGUCUAUUCUUCACACCCGCCUGUACCGCCACUGGCGGACCACACCCAGCCUGUACUGGCGCGACCCGUAUCAGGACUACGACAGCGUGGCGGAUGUGAUACGCAGGAGGCUGAGAAUUGCAAAGAAGAGGCCAAAAAGAGGCCGAAGGAAGGAGUGCGUUCUCCUGCCGAGCUCCUCUAGCUCUGAUGAAAAUCCAUAGUACGAGGCUGGGCUUCAACUAAAUAAAAAAAAAAUAAUAAUGCAAACUUCAUUCAGAUGAAGUGAAGAAUGUGCCUAGCCAAGCAGAAGAUGCUUUAAAUUGGACUUGUCUCCUAUUUCUUCCUGGUUCUACGGUGUAGGUGCUGUGGGCCAAAGACUUGAUCCUGAAUAGAUCUCUGAUAUUAAACUUGGUCAACGGCAUCAUUGUUUUUGAUGAUUGGGCAGUAAAUCAUUUAAACAUAAUUUUUAGGAACUUUAAAAAAAAAAAAGUGUGGCCAGUGGGAGUUUUUUUCUACAUGUAGUUUAAUUACUUAUUUGACCUGUAAAGCUUUGAAAAGUAUGUUGCUGUUAUAAGCAACACUUUUGUAGUGUGUUUUAAUGUUUACAGCUAUUUUGUUCUAUAUAGGAUGUGGUAAAAUGUAUUUCACCUACAUGUGAAUGGGUACGCUGGUUGUGUUAAUAGCCAUAGAAUGUCCUUGCAAAUAUUAAAGAUUCCAAAGUCUUUUGUACAAUGCCUCGCAA